GUCUGUCUGUCUGUCUGUCUGUCUGUCUGUCUGUCUGUCUGUCUGUCUGUCUGUCUGUCUGUCUGUCUGUCUGUCUGUCUGUCUGUCUGUACGACGCUGUCAUAGACACACUAACAAACAAAACAGUCUGAAAUCCAGAUUAAACUUCACCGAAUGUAAGCAUAACACCCAGGUUUUUUUUAAAUAAACUUUUUUGUUGUUCUUUUACUACCCUUUCCCCAUUCCUUACUGUCUAGUUUCCUUCAGUCACUGGUGUCUGUUUGCCUGUUUCUAUUGUUCCCUCAGUGUGAGCUCACUGGAUAGUUACAGUGCUUGCCAUGAAGUUGAUUGGUCAAAUCAGAGCGUGCCCCCAACAUAGGGAGGAGAGUGCUAUUUUUGGUCCCUUUUUCAUGGCAUUAGAAGUCAUAUCAGAAUCAGAGAGACUUUGGCCUAGAUCACAGGAGGGUGGUGACGGGAGGACGGCUCAUAAUAAUGACUGUAAUACCAUUUCAUUCAUUCCAUUCCAGCCAUUACUAUGAGCCCAUUCACUCCAAUAAAGGUGCCAGCAGCCACCUGUGGCCUUGAUUCACUAAGAUCAAGCGUUAACCAGUGAUAGCCGACACCCGCACAGCUGGCGUUUUAGCCGUGUCGCAGGUUUAACUGUGUUGCAGCUGUUAAGUAAGAGAGGUUGCUCGUGUGGUCAUUGUCACGAAGCCACACCGGUCCCACUCGCAUUACGAGUUCAGAAUGAGUAAGUCUAGGCUAUAUAGAAAUGACAUGACGCUCAAAUUGAGAAUCAUUCAACUAAAUAAUGAGGAUUUCUAUCAGCCUAAUGGAGGUGUAAAUUAAAUAUCACAUUCCACUGUUUCAACUUGUAAACAAGUUGUAAACAAGGUUGCAUGGGAUUUCUCUUAAUGCGACUCCGUGAAGCCAAUGGCAAUGUCCUCAUUUGGGUAUAAUGCCGGGAGCCGCUUGUGGAUUUGAACACUUCCUUAGUUUAAGAGAUGGCAACUCGCUAUUGACAUUGAGACUCUUUUUCUGUAUUCCUUCUCUUUCUUUCUAUUCCAUUCUCAUUUUUAGGUCUUUGUCUUUGUGUGGUGGCCAAUUAAAAGUUUGAAUUUAGCUUCGUACACACAUAUAUGUAUUUAAAGACAGAAGCUAUAAAGUUUCUACUAUAAUGUCAAGAUAGUGUUUUAGUGUUUAUGUGCCUUGGUACUUUGUCUUAUCUACCCAGUAGAUGCAGAUUGUAUUCCUGUGUUUUAGAUGUUACUCCAUAGUGCUGGUGUCUGUUUUGUUUUUUGUUUUUUCCAGAGUGUAUGCACAAGUAUAAUGAAAUUGUUAGCAGGCCAGUACUGAUCUGUUGUUGCGCUUUAAAGAAAAAAGAAAAUGGAGGGGGAAAAAACGAUAACAUUUUCUAAGUUCCACUUUUGACAUGUAGCAUUUUGAAUAUUGUAAACAAAAGAAAUUGACACAAAAGUAAUAUCUUUCAACAGUAUCUAAACAGGUGAUGGUGCUUUAUAGAUAUAACCAUCUUGCAUUUGUAGAGGCAACUUUAUAUGUUUCAUGGAUCCACUUUCAGUAACACUGUAUUUUGAUGUUAUUGUUCAUUUUUCUUGCUGAGAUUGUCUUUAAAGGUGAUUCAUAACAGACAUGAUGUGCCUUAACAUUGCCUUAAGGUUGUCUCAAUGUUGAUUCAGCCCAGUGUUAUGCCCUUCAAAUGCACAGAUUGUAGACGUAGACGUACAGUAGAUUGUCCAAUAAAACUACACUAGCCUAUACAAAUCCAGAUGUUUAGCUUGGAGAGCUCUAGUGUCAGAUCCAGUAUGUUGAGUAGAUGUAAUUAGAAGUCCAGUCCAAACAGAGAGACGCUCGAAAGGAGAGAAUUCUAGAAAGAUAAAGAAUCAGAUUCAGCACGUCGACCUAUGUGUCUGGCACUGUGUUGAUUUAUUGCAGGUUUAGGUUGUUAAUAAGAAACCAGAGGCUGUAAUGUGGUGUAGAGGGUGUUAAAUUAGUGAGGGUGAUACACUAAACACUUUAAAGACCAAUGGUCAAUAUCAAAUACUCAGGCACUUCCCUUGACAGCUUGGCAGAACAUGUUUUGUCAAUACAAAAAUCUCAAAAUUUAAACGGUUGAAUCUAAGAUUAUUUCUGGGUUAGAUGGCGCAAUAGUUAAAUAUAGACUUAGAGCAAUGGGCGGCAGAUACCUGUUGAAACCUGUUGAAACAGAUGCAGGUGGUGAUAGAGCUAUGAGACAGAGACGGAGAUAAAAGUGAGAUGGAGAACUGAGGGACAGAUAGAGAGGGACUGUGGUGCUGAACUGUGACUGACAGAGAGGGAUACAUCCUGCUCAGCCUGCCCACUUAUGCACUGAUCUCUUCACACGCUACUUCACUCAGUAGUCAGCUCAUCUCUCUCUCUCGGUCUCGCUCUCUCGCUCUCCCCCCCUCUCUCAUCCCUCUCGCUCUUUCUCUUUCCCUCCCACGUUCAUUUUAAGGUACAUCCCUGCCAAGUUUAGCCACCUUGUCAACUCUAGCGCAUUCUAACAAAGACAAAACAUUGCUUUCACUGUUAAUGGAAAUAUAUCGACACAGUGAGUUCCUCCAAAGACAUGAGAAAAUACGUUCCUUGUUUUCAUUGAGCCAAAGUGAAUGGAAUGUGGGACGUUUCCUCAAAUUACCCACAUCCCAGAUAAAUUAAACACAAGGAUAAAAUGUUAGGAUGUAUAAUUGUAUGUGUUUAUUUAUUUUGUGGGAACAAUGACAAAUUACAGAUAGUUAGAUCAGACCACUCUGUUAGCUGACAAGUAUCUGGUUUUGGUCCCUAUAUGCGCUGUCUGAAACACCCAGAUAUGCAGUAUUUAACAUGUAAAAGCAAGCAAAAGUCCCAUGCUUUGCAUUUGUUAUAUUAAACUUAUAUGAGAUUAAAUGUCUCAUUAUUACUUGAAUUCUAAGAAUUAGAAGAAAACCAAAGUUAGAUAGAGAUUAAGUUCUCUGCCUCGCUGGUCACACUCCUGUUCCUGAUGGAGAGGAGGCUGGCCGCGCUCCUGUUCCUGACGGAGAGGAGGCUGGCCGCGCUCCUGUUCCUGACGGAGAGGAGGCUGGCCGCGCUCCUGUUCCUGACGGAGAGGAGGCUGGCCGCGCUCCUGUUCCUGACGGAGAGGAGGCUGGCCGCGCUCCUGUUCCUGACGGAGAGGAGGCUGACCCCGCUCCUGUUCCUGACGGAGAGGAGGCUGACCGCGCUCCUGUUCCUGACGGAUUGGAGGCUGACCACGCUCCUGUUCCUGACGGAUUGGAGGCUGGCCGCGCUCCUGUUCCUGACGGAGAGGAGGCUGACCACGCUCCUGUUCCUGACGGAGAGGAGGCUGACCCCGCUCCUGUUCCUGACGGAGAGGAGGCUGGCCGCGCUCCUGUUCCUGACGGAGAGGAGGCUGACCCCGCUCCUGUUCCUGACGGAGAGGAGGCUGGCCACGCUCCUGUUCCUGACGGAGAGGAGUCUGGGAUGUCAGAUGGAACAUGGCCUAAAUUGUGCUCCUGUAUGUGAAAUGAGUAGGCUAGAGGGAAGUCCCAAAAUGGUAACUGCAGAAGGAAGGCUAUCCACCAGUCCUAGCUGUAGCUACUGUGACACUUGAAGGGCCCAAAAAGUAAACAUACAAAUAUGAAUAAUUGAACAAUCUCAGUUCUCGUCCUUUUUAAAGACAAUAUCAGCAUUCUAGGCUACUAAAUAUAAUGAGGGUUGUUUUUUCCUUGGGAUAUGUUCUGCUUUUAUCCAUUACAUUUGUGGAUGUCUUAUAGUUAUUUUAGAUCAGUGGUUUCCAACCUUUUUUGGUUACCGUUCCACCAACUGAAUUUUGCUCUGCCCGGAGUAACACUGAAGUACCCCCUCAUGUGCAUUUGACCAGUAAUCCUAUGGUCUCAUGUGCAUUUGACCAGUAACCCUAUGGUCUCAUGUGUAUUUUACCAGUAACCCUGUGGUCUCAUGUGCAUUUGACCAGUAACCCUAUGGUCUCAUGUGCAUUUGACCAGUAACCCUAUGGUCUCAUGUGCAUUUUACCAGUAACCCUAUGGUCUCAUGUGCAUUUUACCAGUAACCCUGUGGUCUCAUGUGCAUUUUACCAGUAAGCCUAUGGUCUCAUGUGCAUUUUACCAGUAACCCUAUGGUCUC